AUGACACGGGAUAAUAUGUGGGAUGGGAUGGGAAAGAGUGGUCAAACCGAAGCCAUCAAAAUAGAUGAAGAGUUGUUCUCCGAGUAUGGCUUUAGUGUGGAUCAGUUGAUGGAGUUGGCGGGUCUGAGUGUUGCCACAGCCAUCGCCAAAAGCUACCGUACCGUCAAUGGCGAUAACCGGCCAACGGUUCUCAUCUGUUGCGGUCCCGGCAAUAACGGCGGCGACGGACUC